AUGUCGUAUAAAAAGGCCACCGAUAGCUCAUUUGCAUUGGCGGUAUUCAAUGUAUACAAGAAUAAUAGAUCACUCUUUUUGAACUCGUCGUAUAUUCUUUUGAUUACGGCUGCUUUUUCGGGCGCAACUAAUACCAAGUCAAGACGUACCAAGAGAGAGGAUGUUUCGAAGGAAGUGGAAAAGAAGAAGACCAAAAUCAGCAAGCAAGCGGGACUUAGGUUGUUCCGGUCAGCAAUACCAGGGUGGACAAAUCUGGCGGUGAUGUACUUGGGGGCACAUUUGGUGUUGUUGGUGAUAAGGGCGUAUUUGACGAUCAAGGUUGCCAGUUUGGACGGUAAAUUAGUGGGUGCUUUGGUCAGUAAAAGGCUCAGGGUGUUCGGGAAGUUGUUGGCGGUGUGGAUGUUGAUUGGGUUUCCCGCAUCCUUGGUCAAUUCGUUAUUGACAUGGACUAGGAGCAUGUUACGGAGGUCGUUGAGAUGUAACAUGAAUAAUAGCAUCAUGGAGGACUAUUUGCCCGACAAUCUUGAUCCUAACUACUAUUCUUUGAUCCAGUUAUCCGACAGCAAGAUUAAAGAUCCGGAUCAAAGAAUUUCCACCGAUGUGGCAAGAUUGGCCCAGGCGUUAUCGAGUUUGCCAGGUCAAUUGUUGAAGCCUACAUUGGAUAUGUUGUUAUGUGCGAGGGAGUUAUCAAAAAGCGGUGUUGGGAGCGGUGAAGGUAGUCUUGCAUUGGGGAUUAUUGCCCAUUUCUCGACUAUUAUCUUGCGUUUCUUUUCGCCUCCGUUUGCUAAGAUCGCUGCUGAAAGAGCAAACUUAGAAGGCCAAUUAAGAUCGGCCCACUCUAAGAUUGUCACCAAUAGCGAAGAAAUUGCGUUCUUAAGGGGUUAUAAUCGUGAAUUGGAUUAUAUUGAUUAUUGUUACUAUCAAUUAGAAAGAUUCUUGAAGAUGGAAUAUUGGAAAAAGGCCAUUCAUGAAAUAGCACAAACUUUUAUUGUGAAGUACUUUUGGGGGGCUGCUGGUUUAGUGUUAUGUUCGGCCCCAGUAUUUAUUAACAGAUAUUUGGGUAACGACCCAAAUCCAUCUGCCUCGGCUGACUUCAUUACGAAUAGAAGAUUACUUUUGAGUGCCUCUGAUUCGUUAGACAGAUUGAUUUAUUCAAGAAGAUAUCUUUUACAAGUUCUUGGCCAUGCUACUAGAGUCGCCGACUUCCAAGAGGCGUUAGUUGAGAUUCAAAAGAGAAAAUUAAAAGACGCACUUCCUACCGGUGAUCAACUUUCAACCUCCAACAAUGUGAACUACGGUGAUGAUAUCACUUUUAAGGACGUUAGAUUGGUCACCCCUGCUGAUGUCACCUUGAUUGAAUGUUUGAAUUUUAGUGUCAAACAUGGCCAACACUUGUUGAUUGCAGGGCCAAAUGGUUCUGGUAAAUCUUCAUUGUUCAGAAUGUUAGGUGGCUUAUGGCCAUGCAACGAGGGUAACUUGACUAUUCCAACCACUAAGAAUAUGUUUUAUUUACCUCAGAGAGCUUAUUUAUGUAAGGGUAAUUUGAGAGAACAGAUUAUUUAUCCGGAUUCCCUUGACGAGUUCGACAAAAAUAAAGACGCCAACUCGGAUAAGAAUUUGGACGAAAUUAUGAAAAUUUUGCAAUUAGAUGACUUGCUUAUUGGUGAAGACCCUUGGAAUAUGACGCGUAACUGGGCUGAAGAAUUAUCAGUCGGAGCUCAACAAAGAUUGGCCAUGGCUAGGUUGUAUUACCACAAGCCUAAAUUUGCUGUUUUGGAUGAAUGUACUUCGGCUGUCUCUCCAACAAUGGAACAAUUUAUGUAUAAGCAUGCUCAAGAAUUAGGAAUUUCGUUAUUAUCGGUCGCACACAGGCCUGCAUUAUGGCACUUCCAUAAUUAUUUGCUUAAAUUCGAUGGAAAAGGUGGUUAUUUCUUCGGUGAAUUGAACGCAACUAAGAGAUUGAAGUUUGAGGAAGAAAGAUUGGUAUUAGAAAAGAACUUGAGAGAUGUUCCAUACUUGAGAGAAAGGUUACAAGAAUUGAAGAAGGUUUCCAAUGCACAACAUAUAAGAUACAAUACUUCCCACAAAAACUUGACUACGUUGUAA